AUGGUCAUACGGAGUGCCUUUGCUCUGUUUCUCUUAACUGGAUUGCCGCCUAGCGCUGGCAAUGCGCCAAGUGCAUCUGCUGCAUGCCCCAAAGGCUAUUUCAGGAAUGCCACAGUCCUUUUCCCUUGUGAUGCACUUUCAGGAGUUGCCUAUGCGCCCAUAAGCCAAGAGGAGGGGAUGACCAUAAGAGUUCCUCCAUACGUAAAGGAUGGCCAAGUCUCUGUCGUGUCUUCAGUGGCGCUGACGAUUGCAGUGGGCGAUCCUGCACAAGUUGCAGCGAUGACCCCGCUGAUGCAGGGCCCGAAGUCGCAAGACUGGCGGGGCCUGUCGAUUGAGAUAGAUGCAGGCCAGGUCGUGUCUGAAGCCACUGGACAGUGGCUGGGUUCGUGGCGAGCAGGUAUAACAUAUCAGGGCACGACUCCCAGCGAACUUGCGGUCCUGAUACAUGCAGAGGCAGGUGCACAGCGGCAUCUUGCAAACAUCAGCUUCGCAUAUUCAGCGUACAAUGGCUGCAAAAGCCCUGCUUUGCCAACAGGCUGCGACGACUUUGCGCGCUUUGCGGCUCGCCAAUUGGUCUUUAACUGGAGUUCAUGGGUGCAGUCCAAGUACGACUCUGCUGAUGUGGCGUGGCAGAAGCUAUGUGACAGCGCCAUGCAAUCGGUGGAACCGUUGGCACCUGGGCCCGUUCCAUUCUACAUAUUUGGUGAUGUCUGGUCUCCGUGGCCACUUGCUGCUCUUGUACACCCUGGUUGGCGAGAGGCAUUUCGAUUCAUUGAUUCGUUGGGUGGAACACCGCCCGAUGGCUACGUCCAGAAAGCAGAGUUUGAGACUGCCUAUGGCUUGGCCAGCAUCUACCUUUCCAUGUUUGCAUGGUGUGAACUUCUCCGCAAGCAGUACGCAAACGUGGAUGAAGCCUGGAAUGCGUUGAGUGGUGCGGAGUUUGACUUUGCUGCUCCAGUAGAUUAUACUAGGUGGAAGACAUCAUUUUGGUCCAGCUAUCGCCCGGAGGCAGGCAUGAACAAGGCGUCGCCAGACGAGGCGUUCGUGUAUGCAGAUGCGAACGGCGACGAAAAGGUUUCGAAACAAGAGUUUUCCUCCAUCUUCUUCAGCUGUGCGCCAGAGAAUGCGAAUCAGCCACCAGGUGGCGCAGCAGCUCAUGCUCAGAAGGUUGAGACAGCUGCUGCUCCACCCGGUGGCGAUGCGGCCGUGGCAGCAGAAGUUCCAAAGCCGAAAGCGAGCUCUGCAAGAUGUCUCUACAGCGACACUGAGUAUGUAGGUGGCAGUGUCGGUCUGGCUUCGGUCCAGCCGAAUCUCACACUCUGCCAGGCUCGUUGCCGUGCAACACCAGGAUGUGCUUUCUUUACGUUCAGUCAUGCGGACGGCAACUGCCGGAUGUUGGACAUCGAAGCAAGUUGGAGGGAAUCCGUGGGUCUCAGUUCUGGCCCUGUAAAAUGUGUGGCCCAGGUGCAGUUGAAACUUGAAGAUGUCGGAGAAACCUCCAGCCUUGAGGGCAAGACGGAUCUGCUCCAGUUGGAGAUAGCGGCUGAGUUUGCAAAAUACGCAGGUAUACCUGAUCAUGAUAUCCGUGACAUGCGCGGCAACGCGGGCAAGGUCUCCCUUUCCUUCAGCUCGCGAGGUGGAGGCGAGAUCCUGGUCCACUGCUUUGUGGACGUACCACCUGGUGGUGAGCUCCACGACAUAGAGCGGGUCGCCCAUGAGAGCAAAGCGAAGCGCAAGUUGCUAUCAGCACUAAGAUCCGACACCGGACCAGGUGCAGAGAUGCAAGUUGCGGUUGCGGUGGUGCCAGGUUCGCAGUGUUUCAUUCUCGGGACGCGGUAUACGCCAGAUCUCAAUGCUGAGCAGACCGCGGUCGAAACAGCCACAGCUUGUCAAGUGCGGUGUACCGAAACGCAGGGCUGCCGCUUCUUUUCCUACCUGACUACUACCAAGAUCUGCAGUCUCCAGGGAAAGUCUGCAACACCUUUCUUUGUCAAGGAUACCCUUGCAGGGCCACAGUUGUGUCACAAUCUCCCUCACGAGUCGGAGCCGUCCAAGGCCGAGAUGGAAACGGAUCAUGGCACAGUUUUUUCGAACCUUUGGUUCUGGCUGGUCUUGCUACUGAUCGUACUUUCAUGUGUGGCCAUGUGUGUUGCUUUCCGACGCGGUCGCCUGUGCCCGAAGACGUGGAGGCGCCAGGUGUCUCGCUCGCGAAAAAACGAGGAAGGAAAACUUAGCCAACACAGAUACAUGGCACUGCCACCAACGGACCAGGAGCUUGAGCAGAACAUGCUGUCUCAAGCUGCAUCAAAUGAGUCACACGGAUCCGCGCUCCGACCGCUACACCCAGUUGACUUUGGUCCGAAACUUUCCGGUGGCUACAACGGCUACAACGGAAGAUGGCCGUCCCAAGCAAAUGGAAGCCCGUGGAGCUGGCAGGUCGAGCGCUUGUCCACAGCUCCGAGGGAAACUCCAGACUUUACUGGAAGCCCGGGCCGCUACAUGGCUCAAAGUGCGUGGGAUCCGAGUGGCCAGAGCUCCCCAUCUUCCCUUCAGCUGUCUCCCAGAGCUUCCGCGAUGCAGGAGGAUUCCCCUGAAUGGAUGCCACACUUCUUGGGUGCAGAGGCAGUCAGGGAGGCAUAUCAAAAUUAUGAUGCCUCUCAACGAUAUGCGAACCCGCCCGAGCGCUCUUCCUGGCCUACCCCACAGGUGCCACAGAGGCUUCCUCCGCCGGUGUCUGCUGAAUUUCCACACGCUUCCAGUAUGCCGUGCCCUCCGCGCUUUCAGCCGAACCAAGCUGGUUUUGGCAGUCCGGUAGGCUUUGACCAAUCAUGGAGGGCCUGA